UCGCGUGCACAUGGCUUUUGUUUUUGUAUAUAAAAGAAAACGUUGAAACUAUAACAAAAAUGGGCGGCCAGGGCAAAACAAUAAAUCGCAAACGUAAAUUUGUGGGCCGCAAAGCGGACGAUCCGGAAUUCGAUUUGGACAAAAAGCACUUCAAGGUGCUCCAUUUGAAUGCCAGCGAGAAACGCUUGAUUAUUGUGCUCGAGGGCGCGCAGCUGGAAACAGUGAAGGUGCACAACACAUUCGAGCUGCUCAACUGUGACGAUCAUGCGGGCAUAAUGCGCAAAAAUCAACGAGAUCCGGGCAGCUGCCGCCCGGACAUCACACACCAAUGCCUGCUGAUGCUGUUCGACUCGCCGCUGAAUCGGGCCGGAUUGCUGCAGGUGUUUGUCCGCACCGAGCACAAUGUGCUGAUCGAGAUCAAUCCACAGACACGGAUACCGCGCACAUUUAAACGUUUUGCCGGCCUGAUGGUCCAGCUGUUGCACAAGUUUCAAAUACGCGCCAGCGAUUCGUCGCGCCGCCUGAUGAGCGUCAUCAAGAAUCCAAUUACGGAUCAUUUGCCCGUUGGUUGUAAAAAGUAUGCAAUGUCCUUUACCGGCAAGCUGGUCAGCAAUUGCCGCGAACUGGUGCCGCACGGCCCGGAGGGCAGCGAAGCCUACGACGAGCCCGUUGUCAUGGUCAUUGGCGCCUUCGCUCACGGCGCACUCAAGACAGACUACACCGAGGAGCUGUUCUCCAUUAGCAACUAUCCUUUGUCAGCAGCCAUUGCCUGCUCCAAGCUGUGCACCGCAUUCGAGGAGGUCUGGGGCGUUGUCUAACCGCCGCCUCCAUAGUUCUAAGCUAAGUUUUUGACUAGAUAAUACAUGUCUACUAUAUACGAUAUACGAUAAACUAUAUACGAUAUAUGAUAUAUGCCGUAUAUAAAGGUUUGGAAUUAUGCAUAAUGUGCGUUAUGUAAAAAUGAUAUAAAUAUAUAGGCAAUAUGUGAGUCUAGGCACGAAUUGUCUUUUGCCAUGCUCCAUAUAUAUGUUCAGAAUCAUAUAAA